AUGUAUAGAAGAGCAUUCACGUCGGCAGCACGACUUCUCAGCGUUUCUUCCAAGCAAAUUCCGAAAGUAGCAUUUGUCGGAAGCGUCGGCACGUCAUUCGGAAUCGCAAUUUUUUCAAAGAAAGAGGAGAAGGCAGUUGCUCAAGACCAAUUCAAACAGGAAAAACCCAAAAACUUUGACAUCAUUGUCAGAAACGCCGAUGAGCUGUACGACAACUAUCUUAUUGAUAACUGCUAUAAUAUUCUCAAAAAGUGGGUCUUUUUCUAUGCUUAUCGACGUUGAAAUUCAAUAAUAUCAGAUUUGAGUCAUCCGACUGCUCCGAAUUGCUCUGGAGACUGGCCCGUGUGACGUGUGAGCAAGGAAAACUGUCAAAAGAUGCAAAUCAGCGCAAAGCUCUGAUUCUGGAGGCAUUUGAGAUUGUGAAGAAGGCGCUGGCGCACGAGCCGAAGGAAGGAAGCUUCGGAGCUCACAAAUGGUAUGCCAUUCUGCUGGACUACGUGGGAGAGAUCGAGGGAAACAAAUCGAGAAUCGAAAAGUCGUUCGAAGUCCGAGAGCACCUGGAAAAGGCACUUUCGAUUUUCGAGGAUGAUCCAACCACGUGGCAUAUACUAGGUUGGUUAUUAUCGAUCACGUUGUAUCAUCAAUUUAUCCGGCGCCUUGACCUUCACUGAUUGCGCGUGAUUUUAGGCUCUUUUCCGGUUGACAUGGAAAAAACCGCUCGGCACACCACCAAAUCCUACUUUUUUAGGAUUGUGGCACUUCUCCUUUGCCAACAUGGGAUACGCUACUCGAAUGGUGGCGAAGGCAAUCUUCGCGACGCCGCCCUCCUCCACAUACCAGAAUGCUCUUCAUUACUUUCUGAAAGCUGAACAGAUUUCUGUAAGACCAUAAAAUUCGCCCGAGUUCCCGAAAAUCGCCACUUUCCAGCCGGGAUUCUACAGUACUAACAUCUACUACAUCGGAGAAGUGUACGAACAAAUGGGCGAGAAGGAGGAGGCGCUUACCCAUUUCAAGCAGGCGUUCAAAAUGGCCGUAGUCACAUCUGAUGACGCUGCAAUUCACAAAAGAGCUCACGAGAAAUUGCGCAAGUACGGAGUCAAGGAUUCGGAAAUUGUUUAA